AUGAUUGCUUUAUUUGAACUAACAAAAACACCAGAAGAUUUUUUAAAGGUCAGAAAAGUCUAUUAUGACCUUUCCAAAAGUUUUUUUAACGCACUUGAUGUAUUAACUAUGAAUGAUUGUCGGUUAAAUGUUGAACCAUUUGAUUCAUUUAAUUUGUUAGAAAAACUUGUUAAAUACCAAAAGUUCGCUUUUGAAGUCCCAUCAAAGUAUUUUUCUGAUGCUGUUAAAGUUGCUUUAAACAUCAACUAUACUAAAAUAUAUGAUAUAAUUCGGAAUAUAAAGAACGACAUUAACAACAUCAAGAACAUUGAUAUUUUAAUAAAUUUGUGUAAAGAAAUGAUGGAAAUUCUUUCAAAACUUCUCCCUAUCGAUAAUAUUGGAAGACAUGUUAUAUUAAUAUACAGAGCCUUAUACCAAGUACAUUCAUCAAAAUGUAUUACAUGGGAAACACUCCAAGAUAUAUGUCAAAAUUUCAAUAAUCUUCGUGCAUCUCUUGAAUUGUUUAACAAAAACAACUUUUUUAUAGAAAUGGGACCAAAUAAAGUGAAUUUCUCAUCAAAAAUAUUUGGAAACAGUGCAAUUAUAAAUUCUAGUGAAAAGAAAGAUGUACAAAAAGUUGAAUACAUUAUUUUACAACAAAAUAAGCAGAUUGAGGAAUUGGAGAAAGAACUCAAAAAGUUCCAAAACAACGAAAAAGAAAAAGAAACACAAAUAGAAACUCUAAAAAUAGAAUUAGAACAAUUGAAAUAUGAAAAUUUGGAAUAUUUUCAAAUGCAUAAAAAAAUGAAAGUUGAAAAAAUCAUAAAUGAAAAUCAACUUUUGAACAAUUGUUUAGAACAAGUUACACAACAACUCGAUCAAUUGAAAUUAGAUUUGAAAAAUAAAAAUCAAGAACUCGAAAAUUGUAAAACAGAAAAUAGCCAAAAUAAACAAAUCAUUGAACAACUCAAUACUAAUAGUUCCCAGCAACAAUUGCUUAUUGAAGAAUUAAAGAAACAAAUUUCCAAACCUCAAAACGACUCAACUGAUAACGAUAAAGAGAUCCAAAUUGAAACUUUGAAAAUGAGUUUAGAAGAACAAUCACAAAAAGCUUCUUCAUUGAAUUCCCAAAUUUUGCAAUACCAAAAAAUGAUUCAAAAAAUGGAAAUUGAAAAAGUCAAAAUAGAAAAAGUGGAAGAUGAGAAAAACGAAAAUAAUACCAUUCUCACAGAAUCCGUAGAAAUUAAAGCGCCUCUAUUGCUUUUCUUAAGCGGUGGGAAAUUCUCAGUAGAUGUCCAUGGAACUGUUAUUGAAUUUGAUAUGCCAGCAUUUGCUAUAGCCCCCUUCACAUAUCAAAUUGAAAAUGUUGGAGUGGUUAAUGGAAAAAGUGGACAAAAGUAUGAAUUAAAAGUAUUAAUGGAAGACGAAAAUGAUAGUGUUAUAGAUGGGAUUAAUAUGUUGAAAACUAUUUAUGUACCAAAACAGUUUGAAGGGCAAAGAGUAAAUUUACCACUUCAAAUUUUAGACUUUAAUCAGACAGUAACUGUUGAUGUGCAAAACAAUUCUAUGUUUAAGAUUGAAGGAUUCGGGUGGUUCGACGAAAAUCAUAAAAGAGGAGAUUUAUGCGUUACUCUCAAAAUUGUUUGA